AUGUUUGCGACGACAGUACGGCUGACAAGUGCGCCACCCGCGUUCAGCGAGCUGCACAAGAAAUACGUGAUGAACUUGUACAGGCGGUAUCUUCGUGACUCGCUCAACUGGCACAUCCGUCGUGAUGCAUGGCGGAAGGAUGCUCUUCGCAUUCGAGCUGAGUUCGAGUUCAAUCGCCAUGUGCGCAAUCCGCGCGAACUCGCGAGUCUCUUGAACCGUGCAGAAGCGCAGCUUGAGAGUCGCCAGCAUCCUGAUCCAUACAAGCCACCGACGUAUGUGGGUGGUGUGAAAUGGGAGCGCAACUUGCCUCCACGCUUGUUUACCGACGAGGAGAAAACCGAGUCACUCAAGGACCAGAAUGUCUAG